AUGAGUAGUAAAAACAACGAAGGAAAAACAACAACUGCUUCUGUUUAUCGCUUGUUGCAGAAUCCGGCCCCGAUAUCCAGUGGAGCAAAGCUGGCCCAAGUUCGGGAUAAUGCCACCAAAGGAUGCAAAGCAAAUUCCAAACCUGUCGCAGUGGAAUCUACCCCUGCCAACGGCACUGCUCCAGCGAAUGUUGAGCCAAAGCAACGAAAAUCGAACGGAAAAGUGUCAGACGGUGUACGCAAUCCAUCCAAAUCGCAUCGGAAACUCAAUGGACUGUGCGGUGGUCCGGCGAACGGUGAUUGCCAGUCACACCGCGAGACACCACAGAAGCGGCUAAAAAAGCAUCGAACACAUCGAAGGAUUAGCAACUUUGAAAAGUUUCUGCUCGAAAUUCAACACUCGCACACGUGCGGACGUGGCACGUCGUCCAAGGUGCGGCACAUCGAUCGUGAAGAUCGUCUAACACCGCUCGAACCAUGGCCAAGCAUUAUCUGGAAUCGAGAUUUUCUCAUCCCGACGCUACUGCAAGCAUUGGCCCAGCAGCACGGUCGAAAAAUUCCGGAUAUUGAGCAAAUUUUGCGUACGGUUCGAUCCGCGUGGAAUACACCGAAAUCGCAACGAUCGCAUCUGCAAAGCCAAGACAGCCGCGAAUCUUCCGCCUCGAACUGGGACCUAUCGAGCUUGUGCGAUAGCUGUUGCCUUAACCCAGUUUAUUCAAGGAUGGGUGCAGGAACGUACGCCAAUGCCGCCAGUCCCGGGCCGGGAUUGCUACGGAGGCGCUAUUCGGUGCCGGAAAUCAUUAUGCGCAAGCACACGCUGGCACAGCAGAAAACCGAUGAUGAAUCCCUGUGGCUGCACCAUGACACCAAUCACAAUGUGAUCGAAGUGGUGGUGAACAAACACACCGGCACGGCUUCGGCCCGAGGUUUACUGAACGGACGGCUUAGUGGACCACGGACACCACCGCACCGGAAGUCGUACGGUUUGCGACACCACCGGGACCGGGACCACCGCAGCAGUAGCGUGGAGAGUGGCGCUGGAGGUGUAGUAGCCGGUGGUGGAGAACGUGGUACAGCUCACGAAUGGUUGGAGGGGACGAUACCGACGGGACCGGGAACGCUCAUCGCAACCGGUUCGGAUCCGAACCUGGCUGCAUUGAAGCAUCGGAAUCUAGCUGGCGGACGGUGUAGCAGCCCGCUGUGCAACGGUAUCGGGUCAAGCCGGGCCGUAGCCACCGGGACCGGAGGUAGUUUACGAUCUAUCCACAAUAAUUCUCUCAGUUGCAGUAGCUCUAGCAGUGUGAACGGUGGACCCCUUGCCAACAAUGGUGGCGUUGCUGGUGGUGUUGGUGUUGGUUGUGGUCAUCAGCAGCAGCACUAUCCCGUGGUGCCUUCGUACCGGGAAGGAGAAUAUUCGAUGCGAAAGACGACACUGUUGCGGCGCAUGUGGAGCCGUGAGUUGCGGCGCUACGAACGCUCCGGUAGCUGGUCGCCACCGUUGCGCAGGACGCCGCCCCGCAUCUACAGCGUCGAAAGCAUCAUAGCCUCGGUCGAAGGCCACCAAAGUCCAUCGCGUGCGGACGAUAGCGAGAGCGUGCUGGGGGAACGCGUCGGGUCGGGCCGAUCGGGCAGCAGCGGGAGCAGUGUCGGUAGUGGUCGUUGCGCUACCACGGCAACGACGGCGACGACCGACACGACCGGUACGACCUCGUGCUUGGAGUGCGCCAAGCUCGAGCGUCAGUACAACGGUGACUUCGGUACGGUCAAGAAGUUGCUCUCGCGUACGGAGACACAUUCCCGCGAUAUCGACUGUUCGGUCCAAGCUUCGGGUGACCAGAGUCCGGUACGUCCGUCCGUCUCUCCUGCUCCGUCCGAUCCGGCCACGGUCGAUGACCGGCGGCACCGACGACGCAUGUGUUCCUCGCAAACGGCCGACCUUGGCGAAUCGGAGCCGACCAUCAUACUGGCAGCGGUUUCGGCUGCGGCUACAGUUCUUGAAGGUGAGCAGGUGGCUGACGACGACCUCGAGGACGAGUAUCCUUCGCACAGUAGCUCAGUAUCUUCGAUAGCGUCUCAAUCGUACCGCGUGUCGUCUGCAACUCGCGUCCGCCACGACAACGAGAGUGAUCUGAGCGAGUUCCUGCAGCAGGAACGUUUAGCUGCUGCGGAUGGCGAUGGGGUUGAUCGCCCGGGUGCUCGGGAAGUUGCUUCUGUCCGCCCUGGUAGUGCUGGUGCUAGCGAUCAUCCUCGAGAACGUGCUCCGGCUGCUAAUGGCGCUCCAGGAGCAACAGCAACAGCAACAAGACCUUCAGAAGAAAUUGAACCUGCCGAGUCAGUCGGAGCAGUAGAGGAACAGUUUCCUCCCGGUAGUAAACGUCGUCCGAGUGUGGACAGUAGUAUUGCUGCAAGUGCUGCCCUUUCAGAGGACUCUGAUUCUAGUGAAGACGACAUUAGUGACAGAAAGGUUGACGACGACCACGGUGUUAGUGAAGAGGAGCGUGCCCAGUUGGAUGAGUACAUCUCCGGGUUGCUGUUAGACAAUCUGAACAAUCUUGCGGACGCGAAAGAGCUCGUACUGGCCACGGAUACUCGUGACGGUGAGACGGAAAUUGUCGGUGUUUACAGUGAGCGUCGUGCACAACUAAGAGAUCCAAAACCGACGGAAUCCGAUCGACAGAAUAAUAAUCAACUGCCUGUCGCACCGGAAACGCAGAACGGCGGUUGUGGCGCUAUGAAACAAAAGCUUACGGAAAAGUACAUCGGUGAUGGUGGUGGUGUGGUGUGCAAUUCUCCUCCCCAAACGGACAAACAUAAACUUUCGCCCAAGCUCGAUGGUGGCGAGGGUGCAGAAUGUGAUAAGGAGAAUGAGGAAGACGUUGCUAACAACAACAAAAGAAACAGUAAUAAUAAUAAUAACGACAGUGUGCCAGCCGAGCGCAAUCAUCGUCGACAGAAGACCCGUUCGAAGGGAAACGGAUUCUUUUUACGAUCUGGCAGUAGAUCACCUCGCCCGAUCGAUCAUACCAUCAGUGGCGGUGCGGCUGAGAUAGAUUUGAAUGGCAAGUACUACUUUCCGGCGUACGGUCUCGAAACGGAUCCGUCCGACAAUACGGACAUUGCGUCAGAACCGGAAGGCUUGGUGUUGGGCAAGAUUGGUACGGGUUCCACGUACGAUCGUGGAUCGGUGGUAGUACCGCGCUUUUCCGCAAUGCCACGGACAGAAUCGAUGGAAGUGCAACCGUCAUCUACCAAUUCGGCCGAGGACGAUAUCGAUGGAGGAGGAACUGCUGGUAGAAGAGAGGAUGAAGAUGAUGAUGAUGACGAUGAUGUCGAUGAUUCGGAUGCCAGCAGUUUGGUAGACAGUUUGGAUGGAUUUGGUUCGGCCCAAUUGAUGGAACCGAUACCUCGAACAAGGAAGUCUAAACACCCGAAGCCGGAAGCCGUGGAGUCAACCACAAGCUCUACCGACCGAUCGCCAAGGCAUGAAAAGGGUGAAGCAUUCUUUGUACCGAUCCAUGCUGAAACGACAGCCGCUUUAAGGAUCGACGAGCGUGUGGUCGUAGCCGAUACGAUGCCACUGCGUAUAAAGGAACGGUUAAACAACCGUCGACGAUUGAUGAAGUGGAAACAGGAGCAGGAGAAUCUCAAGAAGCAGCGCAAAAUGAUGCGACUAAUCGAACAGAAGCGAUUCUACGGUGAGCCGGCCAUACAGGUUAUCAGCACAAUCGACAAGGCAAUCAGCCGUAAGGAAUAUAUUCCGCCCGGUGCUAAGAAGAGUGUGUUUGGUGGUGCUGCUAGUACUGCGAUAGUGCGUGAUACGUCCACCCCUUCUGCUCCUACCCCGUUCCGUGCGAUGAAACCAAAAAAGCGUGUUGGUGGAGGUGGAGCAGCAAGUUCUGGAUCGGCUCUACGGUCCGAGUUGGGCAUGUUGGAGUCUUACAAGAUCGAUGGAAAAGGCAACAUGCAGAUACAGAGCGCGGCUACGGGGCCUGGUGGACGAAAGGGUGGAGGAGGAGCUGUUGCCCCACCGAUAGCGUCAGCCAAGAGCUCAUGGGGUAUGACAGCCGACAAACGACAGGGUAAAGCACCUCAAACACAGUCUACCGCUUCGACCACAGUGGGUAGUUCGGGACGUACGAGUACGGGGCGGACAGGUACGGGUAAAGCUCCACCAGCCGCUGAUGGACGGCGCCGGCAACAGGUGUUGAAGGAUGUACAGCAGAUGACGUUGUACCCGCAGGCGGACCUCACACCAGAUAUUGAGGGUGGACCUCGCCGUGUUUACCAGAAGACCGAAAUCCAGGAAGGUGAUAAGCACAUCGAAAUACUCGAGAUAGUGGAGUGUGCGGACAGUGCUCCGCGUAAUCGCCAUGGUGGUGGUGGCAGGGCAGCCCGUGUCCAUAGUGCUGGGCGUCGUCACGAGCGUGGUGGUGGAGGCAGUGUUAGAGGCGAAUCGGGUAGUAGACAUCGGUCGCGCAUCCCCGUACCGAUCUACCGAUUCGGACAGUACCGUCGAAGUACGCAUUCGCGUGAUGGGAGUCCUCUCUCUACGGGCAGCAACCCAAAGGUAGACCGAAUGAUUGCCGAUUUGCUACUGGAGGCGCUUACCAACCCAGAAGAGGUCGGUGUGAAGUUAGUUCGAACGCCGGAAACUCUACGCGACACAUCUCGAUCAUCAUCCAAAUCCAGACCAUCCGGUGCUUCCACAUCAAAGAAAUCGGUCUCCUCUACCAGUAACAGCGGCGGUGGAAGUGGAUCCGGUAGUAACAACAACCUGUUAACUCCGAGGCGCACCGCCAGCGGACGUUACACACAAAAGUUUGAGGUCAUCCCAGAGGAACGGUCCAGCGUAUCGAUCGAAUCUUCCACCGAGGAGCUAUCCACUGGCGGUGGUGGUGGCGGCCGUAAGAAGGGUCCACAUCCAUCGCCACGCCGUGUUAGUUUCGAUGAAAACCAUCAAAUAUUAAACCGAGACGAAUUGGAAGCACCGACAGUAACGACACUGAUCGUUCCGACUCCUUCGUCCAAACGGCAGCCGGUAACGUCGUCUCCCGCGAAAAGUCCAACCCGAAGCCCGAAGUCGGUGAAAAAGCAAGGCACGGCUACGGUAAUGACCAGCGCGGGCAACACUGGCACGACCAACACCAACACCACAAUCACGACCAGCCGAGGCAAGGCGGCCAUCCAGAGUGACGUGAUCGAGGAGAAGGGAUGGAUCGGGUUCAGUACCCAGCACGAGGAUAUGGCCACACCGGUCCACAACGGACAGGAUGAUGAAGACACAAGACUCCACAUCGUGCCGCGUGGCGCACUAGAGCAAACUCCUUCCCGUAGCCCACCGCACAUCGGUAGAAGUGUAGUAAGGACGAUCACCAUCGGCAACUGUGUGCCGGAGGCGAUCGAUCAUCAGCACCACCCGCGGGCCCGCGUACCCGACCAUACGACAGUCGUUUCUAACUCCUCCCACGGUGCUGACGAUUCUGGUCCCGUUCACAACACAAACGCUGACGCUACCGAUGACAUCGGGGAUUCUUGCCCAUUCUCCUCACCACCAGACUCGUUCGUAACGGACAGUUUAAACACGAAGCUAACGCCUGUUUCGGGACCCUCCUUUCCUUCACUGCCCUCGUCGGCAGCACGAUGCUGCGACACAAAUGCCGAAAAAGGCCAACAAGCAAGAAGCGAAGAAAAACAUUGGAAUGGCAAACAAGAGGUGGGGGAUAUGGUCCCGUACCAUCAGCAUCACCAUCAUCACCACCAUCGACUACCACCGGGACCAUUCCAGCAUCAGAUACGGGAAGAAAAUGCCUGGCAGGUGUUCCAGACGGGUGACUGUAAGGUGAUCCAGUCGAAGAUCGAGUACUACGAAACGUCCAUCCACCGGACGCCCCUUACCGGUGCUGAUGGUGGCGAGUUCUUUGCGUCUGAAUCGACCGCGCUCUGCCCACAUACGGCCCCACUCUCAACGGCGGACUCGCUAGAAGAGAUGGCUCGAGCGAGUACUGCGGGCUCGUGGCAUCGACAGCGUACCACCAGCUACGGUCCUGGUUCAGAUGCACCUCCCAAGACUUCCGAUACGACAUGCUCCUCCUGUUGCUUCUGCAAUCCCGAGCUUCACAGCAUGAAGUCGAUCGCCGAUGGGUGUUUCUACUGUCGGGCUAAGCUGGGACAGUCUCCGACGCGAAGUUUUCCGGCACCUCCAACACCUCCCAAUAUACAGACCUCGCCCGUUCCACCAUCACCACAGACACCGAUCACAGAGCUUACACCGACACCGUCACUGCACGAAAUAACCGUUCCGGUGCGUAAGAGUUCACUCGCUCGAUCAACCGGGAAAGAGGUUAAAACGAACGACCCACCAAGUGUUAAACCUCGCGAGGAUGCUCAGACUAAGAGAGGUGAUGUACCGACUAAACCCAAACAGGCAAAACCUCCCCCGGAAGUGGUAAUGGACAAAGGAAGCAAACGUUCCACUGCUAAAUCUUCCACCGCUGCGACGAUAUCUACGGUGACCGGUAGUGAGGAAGGACCUCAGAAGCCACUGCCACCGAUACCAAGUGCCGGAACACCGAAAAUGGCACGCAAAAAGCCAACCGAACUGGGUGGUGGUGGUGGUGUACUGAAUCGACCCAAGUACACGAACAAUCUGACCCGGGCCAGUACCGUCGUUCACUCGGUACAGAAGGAAAUCAAAAAUGAGUUGCGAGCACCAAUCCGUCUAUUACCCAAGACAGCUAAGGAGGUAAACAAUCGGAAAGAGAAAGAACGACAAAUUGGGCUGAAUCUUCCAAAAGACUACGAUUGUCGUACACGGCCUACGAAUGUCGUUAAGGUGCUCGAGGAUGUACCAAUGAUGGUGGCAGGUGGAUCGGCUGAAACGCACGUUUACGACAAUGAGUCGAGUAGCUCCGAUACAUCCGAUGGUGACUCCACACCGGACAGUACUCCUAACGUUAGUCCAUUCAAGCGACCUAACCUUCAGCAGACCCAGCAGCAGCAGCAGCAGCAACAGUCAUUACAAUCCACUCAACCGCCAACGGCGGCUACACGUUGGAAAACGAAUAGCGAACGUAAUCUAUCCCAGCUAGCCAUCCAGAAGCUGGUCAGUGCUAGCCGAUGGGGCAGUAAAUGGCGCAAAGGAGGCAAUAGAGAGUCGCAGCAACUGGACGCAUCUGAUAGGAAUCGGCUAGGAGAGGAAGAUGAUGAAGUAAUGGCAUCGGUGGUGGGCAGUUGUAAUGAGUUGAGCCCACUAAAAACGGGCGCUACAAGUGGUUGUGGUGGUGUUGGAACAGUGGGCUCUACGGCCGGUACGACGACAACCUCGAACAUCAUCAGUGGCAUCUCACAGACAAGCUCUAACCAAGGCUGGACGGUGACAGUGGCCGGUAACUACAAUCCUGAAAUGGCACCGGACGUUGAGAUGAGGCUUAGCUUCCCUAAGGGUGGAGCUGGUGGCGGUGGAAGUGGAAGCAAGUCGGCUUUGACUAGCUCGGCGGCUACUUCCACUUUACGGCAUGCACCGGACACAUCCAGUGGGAGCUACAGCAACUCGCAUGGACCUUCCGGGGCGGUAAGGAAUCGACAUCCGUAUGCAGAAGGAGAUGGUGAUCAUCUCGAUGGUGGUGGCGGAUAUCUUGGUACCAGUAGAAGUACUUCCCGGGCAGGAGCAUUACCUCCAACCUCAUCCAAUGUACCGGGCACGCUGAAUCCGAGACGCAACUUAACUCGCUCCGAUGGAACAGGUGCUGGUAGUACCACAAGCAAGGAUUAUCGUCUUCCGAAUGUUGGCUCAACGCACAACAUUCUGGCAAGACCAACGGCAAGGAAAGCGAUCAAGACGGUGGAAUGUAGUGUCGUGGCGUCCGCAACUCGCACCAUCGCGAACAGCUACCAUCAGCUGUCCCAUCAGCAUCAGGCAGCCAACAACAGUGGACCCCAUCAGCAGCAGCAACAUCAUUCACGUGUUCCACCGAUAACAACAGUGCGUGGUGGUGGCCGGCCACGACCAGGCAACCAGCUUCUUCCUCAGGCUUCCGCACAAGUACUCCAUCCCACAUUGCAAAAUGGGAGCGGUGGAAAGUUCCUCUCAUCAUCAUCCCCUUCACUAGUGUCCCAACAGCAACAUCCAUCGCAGCGCUUUCACCAUACCGAACCAUCAUACCAUCUAGAAGACUACGGGUAAUUGU